AUGGGUCAUUUCGUAACGGUUGCGACGUGCAACCUCAACCAAUGGGCCCUCGACUUUGAAGGCAAUACACAACGUAUCAUCGAGAGUAUCCAGAAGGCAAAAGCGGCAGGAGCAAAGCUGCGAGUUGGCCCUGAACUGGAAAUCUGUGGAUAUGGCUGUCUUGAUCAUUUGCUGGAGCAAGAUCUGUUCCUAGCUUGCUGGGAGAUGCUAGAGAGAAUUUUGACCGAUGAGUCCUGUAAUGACAUUUUGUUGGACAUUGGAAUGCCCAUCCAACACCGAAAUAUUCGAUACAACUGCCGAGUCAUCUGCUUGAACGGCAAAAUCCUUCUGAUCAGGCCUAAAAUGUUUCUUGCAAAUGAUGGCAAUUACAGAGAGAUGCGCCACUUUACUCCAUGGUGUCAGCCCCAGAAAACUGAACAGUAUCACCUUCCGCGACGCAUUCAACGUCUACAGGGAGCAACUCACGUUACUUUUGGAGAUGCUGUUGUAUCUACCCCGGAUACAUGUAUCGGUGCGGAGACUUGUGAAGAGCUUUUCACACCUGAUAGUCCACAUACUCAAAUGAGUCUUGAUGGAGUGGAGGUUAUAACAAACAGCAGCGGUUCUCAUUUCACUCUGCGUAAGCUAGAAACUCGUCUAUCGCUCAUUAUGGAAGCAACCAGGAAGAAUGGUGGUAUCUAUCUGUAUGCCAAUCAGCAAGGGUGUGACGGUGAUCGGUUGUACUAUGAUGGUUGCGCUAUGAUCAUUGUCAACGGUACAAUGGUAGCACAAGGCACACAAUUCAGCUUGAACGACGUCGAAGUCGUGACGGCAACUAUAGACCUCGAGGAGGUUCGCGCCUAUCGCUGUUCCAUGUCGAGGGCUUUCCAAGCAGCCCAGUCCAAAGCCAAAUACGAGCGUAUCCAAACGAGUUUCGAAUUGAGCAGUGAGGAGGAUGAUCUGGAUUUGACACGUGGUCCAAGUAUUCCUAUCACUCCUCGCUACCAUUCCCCCGAGGAAGAGAUUGCUCUCUGCGCCGGCUGCUAUCUGUGGGAUUACCUGAGACGAAGCGGGGUUGCAGGUUAUCUUGUGCCACUUUCCGGAGGUAUCGAUUCAUGCGCUACGGCGACUAUCGUCUUUUCAAUGUGUCGACUUGCUAUCGAGGCUGUUAAGGCUGGCAAUGCUCAGGUAAUUGAAGAUGUCAAACGACUUGCAAAGUACUCGGAAAAGUUGCCAGAGACUCCCCAAGAACUUUGCAACCAGAUCUUCCACACUAUAUACAUGGGAAUGUCUCAACAGUCCUCGAAAGAGACGCGUCAACGAGCAAGGGACUUGGCAGAAGCUAUUGGAAGUUAUCAUGUGAAUCUGGACAUUGAUGAGGUCUACCAUGCACAGAAAAACCUCAUCAAAACGACGCUUGGAUUUGAUCCGAAGUUCAAGGUGGAGGGAGGAUCACAAGCGGAGAAUCUUAUGCUUCAGAAUAUUCAAGCACGAUCUAGGAUGGUGACGGCGUACGAGUUUGCCCAGAUAUUGCCCACGACACGAGGACGUCCCGGUGGUGGAGGUUUAUUGGUGCUUGGAUCUGCUAACGUCGGCGAAUCUUUGCGAGGCUACCUCACAAAAUACGACUGUUCCAGCGCUGAUAUUAAUCCCAUUGGAAGUAUCGAUAAAGCCGAUCUCAAACGAUUCAUUGCUUGGGCAGAAAAGGUGUACGACAUUCCUUGUCUACAAGAGUUCUUGACGGCUAUUCCGACUGCAGAACUCGAGCCCAUUACCGAGAAAUAUGUCCAGUCAGACGAGGCAGAUAUGGGAAUGACUUAUGACGAAUUGACAACAUUUGGUCGUCUACGAAAGGUGUACAAACUAGGUCCGUAUGGUAUGUUCCAGAGGCUCGUUCACGAAUGGGGCAAGGACAGAGUACGAGAAGAGGGAGAUGAGAGUCCGGUUUUGGAACCCCGUCAGAUUGCGGAAAAAAUCAAGCACUUUUUCCAUUAUUAUGCCAUCAAUCGCCAUAAGAUGACUACCCUAACGCCAUCUCUACACUGCAACGACUACUCACCAGAUGAUAACAGAUUUGAUCUCCGUCCGUUCUUGUACCCCUCGUUCUGGAGGAGCUGGGGCUUCAAGAAGAUUGACAAGGAGUUGGAGAAGAUGGAAAAGCUGAAAGAGAGGAGAGAGCAAGCUAAAGCUUGA